GUCCGCGUGGAAAACUUCACAUUGGUUGGUGUUUUUGUGGUCUAUUUGAUGGAUCCGUGUGGAGUAUAGGAGGAAUGUUCGUGCGUAAAAAAAGGAAAUGCCCGAUUUCCCACGGUUAUUGUUUGCUUUAAAAACAAUACAGCCUGCAUUUUGAAAUCUUUACUGGGGUAGUUUAAGGAUCGUUGGAGAUGCCGUUAUUAAAAUAAAUAUGGUUCAGAUGGCAGUUGGGGGAUGAAUGAUGUGUGACGAUAACGUCACAUCAGUGUAGCCUACAUUUUUUUAAUGGGAAAUGAACCUGCAAAUCAUCGUAAAACACAGUAAGAUCGACACACGGCGCGCUUGAUGGCUCGCUACUCCAGUCCGGAUUUUCCAUGUGAGGCACGCCGGAGCCCUGGAGGUGGAUAAGCUGGUAGAGCCCGCUCUCUCUCAUGCCAUGCUGGGCCACAAGGGCUCCGGGAGACGCUGCUACAUAUUACCGAGAACCGGGAUGGAGGAGAGGCGGAGGGGGGAAGCAAAAAAAAGUUUCUUUUAAACCUGACAGAGAAACUUUCAACAUGAAGCCUCACUGACGCACCGUUUCAGCACCACCACAGCAGCACCAGCGCCACAACACAGCUUGCUUUUCCUCUGAAUCUAUUUUUUUUUUCACCUCGCAGCUUGUGUUUUUCUUUCACUCUCGUCUUAUUUUCUGUGCGCACGGCUGGUCGGGGCUUGCUGUCACUGCGCGCUGAGAUGUUGGAGUGACCAUGGCUGCGCAAGUUGCUUCGGCUCCGACCAGAACUAAUAACAAAAAUAAGAAAUUAUCCAGUGGUUUGGGUCCGGAGCUCAAUUCGGGGAAAUCCGGAGGAGGAGGGACCCUUCAGCGGACUGGACCGAUGCUGGGUUCCGGAGAUGGGACUCUGAAUAAUGUAGACCAUCAUCGCCGAAACGAGCUCAACAUGGUUCAUUCAACUUCCACGACUCUUAACGCUACGGACGGACACGAUAAGGAUGGGAAUAACCUCGCGUCCGCCCCGGCUUCGACUAAUUCAAACACUUCGAUGGAAGCGGGUUUGAUCGCGAACCACAAGCUGAAAUUCAUGGGGAGCGGAGAUCCCCCUCAGUCUCAACCGCCGCCUCAGCAGCAGCAGCAGCCGCCGCCGCAAUUCGGCCAAUUUGCGCCACAUCAGCAGCGACAGAUCCAAAGUAACAACACCGCCAAUAACAACGGCCAGGGGCCCCGCGGGGACAGGGGUAUGGAUCACCAACACCACGGUGGCAAAGAGAACCUGUUGGGGGGCCAGGGGGAGCCACAGCAGCAGCACAUGCCAGGGAAAGGUGAGGGGGAGCUCACCUGUAAACCCGCGGAGAGGAUGAUGGGCAGCAGGUAUGAACACUCCAACUUGGGGCCAAUUAGUAACAACUCUGAGUUUAAUAACAACUAUUACACUCCAAGGCCCUGUUACGAUCAACAUGGCGGACAGCAACAACAAAGCAGUGGGAUAGGGAUAACGCACUCCUCGGCACAUAACAGCAUGGAGAACUCCCACGAAGCUGGGUACCACAACAGCCAGUACAAUCAGUACCCAGCAUACCGCGCAGGCUACGGCGGCGGGGCCUACGGGAUGAUGGGCCCUACAGGGUGCAGGCAACCUGGAAACAUGAUGAUGGGCAGCAACUCCUCGGCGAGCCACGGCAAGUCUCCCAUAGGUGCUGCUCCGGGUGGCUUUCAGAGGUUCCCAGGACAGACUCAGCAGCAACAGCAGCUUCCUUCAGGGGCUACCCCGACCCUAAACCAGCUGCUUACGUCUCCAAGCCCUAUGAUGCGGGGGUAUGGGGGUGCGUAUCAAGACUACAGCGGCUCUACGGCGCAGCAGCAAGCUGGUAUGGGCCUUGGGAAAGGCGUGGGCCCCCAGUAUGGAGCAACAUCGACCCACGGCUGGGGAGAGCAACAGAGGAACCAUCCUCACUCAAUGAGUCCAGGAAACGGAGGGCAAGGCCUCGGCAGGUCACAGGUGGCCUCUAUGGACUUCAUGGCUAUGAAGCGCUCACAGCUGUACAACAUGGCCAACAACCCCUACUCCACGCCACAGCAGCCAGGAGGCGGGCCUUACCCUCCCAGCCAGACAUACACGUCCCCUGCUUCACACAGAUAUCCAAUGAGCAUGCAGGGGCGGGGCCAAAUGGGCAUGGGCGGGAUGCAGUAUCCUCAACAGCAGCAGGUGGCGCCAUAUGGCCAGCAGGGGAUGGGCGGUUACAGUCAGCAGCAGCAGGCGGGGCAGCAGGGAACCCCUCCAUACUUCAGCCCCCCUCAGCAAACCCCACCAGGUCCGACCCAGGGCCCCUACCUGCAGCCUCGACCACCGCCACAACAGGAGUCGCAGCAGGACACCUACAGCUCCAGGGGUCCUGCCCCAGGGAACUCUGGCAAGGCAAACAAUGAGGAGGGCGUCUCUCAUGACCGUCCGUCCAGUCUGCCGGAUCUGUCCGGCUCGAUUGAUGACCUCCCCACUGGGACGGAAGCCGGUCUGGGCUCAGCUGUUAGUGCCGGCGGCUCCUCCAGCAGCAGCAGUAGCCAAGGGGAGCAGGGGGGGGCUGGCAACCAGGGACAGUCCCCCUUCUCUCCCCACGCUUCCCCCCACCUCCCCGGCCAGAGGAGCGGGCCCUCUCCCUCCCCUGUGGGCUCGCCUGCAGGCUCCACUCAGUCCCAGCAGUCACGAUCAGGCUCAGGACCCAUCUCUCCUGCCAGCGGACCCUCUGUCAACAACACAGCACCAGGUCCCACUAUGGCCCCACAGAACACUGGGAACGGACCAGAUGGAGCUCACCCACCAAACAACCGCUCACCUAUGCCUCAGGACAGAGGAUUUGUUUCCAACAUGCAGAGGAACCAGUCUAGCUCUCAGUUUGCUUCUCCUCAGUCUGGACCUCCUAUGUCCCCCCAGACCUCACCUGGGGGCCCAUUGUAUCCUGGGAUGGGUCCCUACUCCCAGAGCGGCCCGCCAGGCCCUUAUGGACCUCAAGGAUCACAGUAUGGACAACAAGGAAACUACCCUCGGCCCUCUAACUAUGGCGGGACAGCCAGCACCAGCUAUAGCGGCCCCGGCCCAGGCAUGAACAACAGUCUAGGGAUGAAUGCUAGCAGCCCCAUGCACGGCCAGGGGCCUGGCCAACCCGUACCUGCAGGGCGUAGCCAUGGUCCAGGAAGCCAGAACAGGGUGUACCCCCCCAUGGCUCCCAGCUCCCCUGGAAUGCCCCAACCAGCAGGGCCUGGGAUGGGCCCCCCUUCUAUGGGAAGCUCUAACCGCAAGACCCAGGAGGCAGCAGCAGCGGCUGCCAUGCCAGGAUCUACAAAUUCAAAUCACAACAGUCUGUUGACACCGAUCUCCAGGCGGCCUCCAUAUGCGAGGUCUCCGGCCCAGAUGCAACAAACCCAACCCAACUCCACCCACUGGCCUGCACCCUACUCUACCUCUUCCUGUCCCACAUCCUUACCUCCACCCAGACCUCACCAUCCACUCAUUCUGCCACCCUCCCAUUCACAGCACUAUAGGCAGGGCAGCUAUCAAGGUCCUGGCAUCAGCCCACCGAGCACCAUGACCGCCACCGUCCCCUACAGCCAGCCAACAGGAAACAACAGUUCAGCAAUGGGAAACACACAAGGUCCAGCCUACACUAUGCCACCUUCAGGAGCCAUGGGCGUGUCAGGAGACAUGAUGAUGAGCCCAGAUGGAAAACCAAAAACAGACCUAAAAGAUGACAGCGGCUCUGCCAACAUCAACGAGCCUCACAAACCAAAGCAGCUACAGGACAGUUUCAGCAACAAUAACAGCAGUGGCUCCCAGCAGUGCGUGUCCCAGCCGGCCACGCCAGGAGGUGCCCUGCCCGUGCCCUCCCCCCUCUCACCCAGCCCUGCCAGCCUGUCCUCCUACCACGGAGACGACAGUGACAGCAUCAGCAGUCCCCCCUGGCCCCUCAAGACCCCCUCCAGUCCUAAAGCCAACCCUAACUCCUCCUCCAUCAGUGGGGAGCGAAUCACACGGCUGUAUGAGUUUGGUGUGGAACCAGAGAGGCGGGUCUGGGUGGAGCGAUACCUCACCUUUAUGGAGGAGAGGGGCACACCUGUCGCCCAGCUCCCUAUUGUGGGCAAGAAGCCACUGGACCUCUGGAAGCUCUACAUCACAGUUCGGGAGAUAGGAGGCCUCGCCAUGGUAAACAAGAAUAAAAAGUGGCGCGAGCUGUCCGGCACCCUGAACGUGGGAACAUCCAGCAGCUCGGCCAGCGCACUCAAGAAGCAGUACAUCCAGUAUCUGUUUGCCUACGAGUGUAAGAUGGAGCGAGGAGAGGAGCCGCCUGCAGACAGCAGCAGCAGCAGCAGCAGCAUGGCUGGAGGGGACAGCAGGAAGCAGGUCAAGAUCCAGCCACCCUCACCCGCUAAUUCAGGCGGCUCCCUCCAAGGCCCUCAGACACCUCAGUCCUCUGGCAGCAGCUCUACAGCAGAGGCAGCAGGGGAUCUGAAACCCCCCACACCUGCCACCACCCCUCUGGGACAGGUUACAGCCCUGCCCCCCAACAGGAGCAGUGUGAGUGUUCAGGACCCCUUCUCAGAGGUGAGCGACCCGGCCUUCCAGAAGCGUGCUACCUCUCUGCCCCCCUCAGCUCCCUACCAGCAGGGCCUCAGCAUGCCUGACAUGAUGAUGAGAAUGCAGUACGACAGCAAGGAUCCCUUCGCUGGGAUGAGGAAGAUGGCAGGAGCUGAUCCCUACAUACCCGGUCAGAUGCCCGGCAGUGGUAUGCAGGAAAUGUAUGGUCGACCUCCACCAGCCUUGAGCAUGAGCCAACGCUCGCAGUACCCCUACGGGCCAGGCUACGACCGGAGGCCGGACCAUGUGAUGGGCAUGGAGGGGAGUAUGGGUCCCCCUGGCAGUCAGAACAACAUGGGACCAUCUAACAGUGAGGGCAGUAUGUACUCUCCCAGCAGAUACCCUUCCCAGCAAAGACAUGAUGGCUACAGUCAGCAGUUUCCUGCCAUGCCAUACGGGAUGCACCCAACAGGGAUGUACCCACAGCAACAGGGCUACAAGAGACCCAUGGACGGCAUGUACGGCCCCCCACCCAAGAGGCAUGAGAGCGACAUGUACGCCAUGCAGUAUGCCAAUCAGCAGCCGGACAUGUAUAACCACUACGGCGGGGGGUACUCUGAACACAGACCCCUCCAGGGACAGUUCCCCUUCCCUUAUACCCGUGACCGCAUGGCCCCCUCUGGUCAGAGCCAGCACAGUAUGAUGGGCGGGGGGCCCACUCCAAACCAUGCUUCAGAUGGCCCCAACAUGUGGCCCUCCAGGACAGACCUUGGCUAUCCCUACCCCAACAGACAGGGCCCCCCCUCACAAAUGCCACCAUAUGGCUCAAUCAGCAGAGAUGAAAUUGACGGACGGCCCGGGCAGGAGCCGUGGCACCGUCAGUCUCCCUACAUUUCAUCAUCAGGUGGAAUGCCACCCCUGUCUUCACGCCAACCAUCUCCUUAUUCCAACUCUUCAGCCAUGGCCAACCACCUGCCCAGAGCCCCCAGCCCAGGGGCCUUCCAGCGCUCCAUGGAUUCUCGAAUGUCACCCAGCAAAGCAGUGUUUAUGUCGCCCAUGAAGAUGCACAAGCCAGGGAUGAGCAUGAUGGGCCCUCAGGUUGGUGGGCCCCUCGGUCAGUUUCCUCCAAAUCUGAGGCGGGACCUCAACUACCCACCAGGAUCUGUGGAGUCCACCAUGCUGACCCUGAAGCCCAAACGCAAGAUCAGCUCCAAGGACACUGGAACGCCUGAGGCCUGGCGCGUAAUGAUGUCUCUGAAGUCAGGCCUGCUGGCAGAGAGUACAUGGGCUCUAGACACCAUCAACAUCCUGCUGUACGACGACAACACGGUGGCCUCUUUUAACCUCUCCCAGUUGCCUGGAUUCCUUGAGCUGAUUGUCGAGUAUUUCCGUCGUUGCCUGAUCGAGAUCUUCGGCAUCCUAGAAGAGUUCGAGGUAGGGGCCGUGGCUCAGAAGCCUAUAUUGGAGCCUGCUGGUGACCAGAAAGAAGAAGCCAUCCCUGUCCUGGACACAGACUCUACUGUCCAUCCUGAACCUAAAUCUGCACAUGCACCAGAGGCGCAAGUGGAGCAAGCAGGAGGCGUCAUGGAGGAAGCGUUACAGGUCACUGCAGAGCCAGAGUCGGCUGAGGUGAAAGCUGAGAAGGAGGAGUCUGAGGUGAGUGUAAAGAAGGACACCCAUGAAGAGGACAGAGAGAAAGAGGGAAAAGAAGAAGAGACUGAAAAAGCAUCCGAGAGCAAAAAGGAGUGUGUAGACCAGCCUGUUUCAGAGCUAGAACCCAAACCUAAACAAGCCAGUAAAUACGAUAAGCUACCAAUCAAGAUUGUCCACAAAGAGGACCUUCUUCAGGACAGGACAGAGCACUUAGGCUACGUCACUGAGUUCACCAGUGGGUUGCUUCACUGGCAGGCAGGUGGAGGCGAUUCCACCGCACACAUUCAGACACUGUUUGAGCCCCGGAGUGAUCCCCCUGCUACAGCGGAGAACAAGACGAGGAAAGACAAGAACGAGGAAAACAUGGGGGACGAUGGAAAUAAACAACCUUUGAAACAUAUCACAGCUACCAUCGAUGAUGUUCUCUGUGCACGGGUGGACGCUCUUUCUUACUCCCACCCUGCGCGCUCCUUGCCAUCUUACCCCUUCAGGGUGCAUUCAGACGGAGAGAAAGACCACAUCACCCUGCUGGAGGAUGAGCCUCGCUGCCUAGACGAGGCUCCGCUCUCCACGACCUCGGCCUGGCAGGAGUCUCUGGCCAAGCGUUGCCUCUGCGUCUCCAACAUAGUCCGGAGCCUCUCCUUUAUCCCGGGGAACGACUCUCAAAUGUCGCGCCACCCGGCUAUGGUUCUCCUUCUUGGCAGGCUGCUCCUGCUGCACCACCAGCAUCCAGAGAGGAACAGGUUGCCUCCAACCUACCAGAGAGAUGAGCAUCAGGAGCAGGGUCUGUCCAGCAGCAAAGAGGAGUGGUGGUGGGAGUGUCUGAGUCUGCUCAGGGAGAACGCCAUGGUCACUCUGGCCAACAUCUCCGGCCAGCUGGAUCUCUCCUCCUACCCCGACACUAUCUGCCUUCCAAUCUUGGACGGCCUCCUCCACUGGAUGGUGUGCCCUUCAGCAGAAGCCCAGGACCCCUUCCCCUCAGCAGCGCCCCACUCUCAGCUCACGCCCCAGAGGUUAGUGCUCGAGUGCCUCUGCAAGCUGAGCAUUCAGGGCGGCAAUGUCGACCUCCUGCUGGCCACCCCGCCUUUCAGCCGGCAAGAGAAAAUCUUCACCGUCUUGAUCCGCUACGUUGGUCAGAGGAAGGCGCAGGUGUACAGGGAGAUGGCCGUGGCCGUCCUCGCCCACCUGGCUCAAGGAGAACCCACAGCUGCACGUGCCAUAGCCAUGCAGAAAGGCAGUGUUGGUAAUUUGGUAGGCUUCUUGGAGGAUGGCGUUAGCAUGGCGCAGUACCAACAGAACACUCACAGCCUGCUGCACAUGGGGCACCCGCCUAUGGACCCACCUAGCAUAAACAUGAUGUGCAGAGCAGCUAAAGGCCUGUUAGCCAUGGCUAGGGUGGAGGAGAACAAGACAGAGUUUGUGCUGUAUGAAAGCAGAUUAUUAGACAUCUCCAUCUCCUCGGUGCUCAACACAGGAGUGGGGUCUAUCAUUUGCCAAGUUCUCUUUCACUUAGGGAAAUCAUGACAAAAGGAGAGGCAGGACUCGCAUGACGGACCCUAAGUUGGACAAAAUAAUUUUGUUUUUCUAUUUUUAUUUAUCAAAACGACAGAAAAUGUUUGUUUUUUAAAGAAAUAUCCACAUAAACAAAAUAUCUCUAUAUAUGUAUAGCUUCGGGGCCCUGUUAAAAAAAUAAGUGGCUUUGGGAUUUGAAAGCUCAUUUUAAUACAAAUAUUUAAUACCUGCUGGUGUUGGAUUGCUAUGUUUGAUAUUUCGUUUAGCGUUUGUUUUCGUUCGGUUACUUUUUCAGCCAAAGCUGCCACCAGAUUUUGGUGCUGAAUUACGUGGUUCUUUUUGAGUCGACGAGUCAUUGAGAUGUUUUUCAGUUUUAUAAAUGCUAAUAUACUCAUCAACAUUUUGUUAACGGAGAGUAUUUAUUUAAAAUGUGACACUGUACAGUAGUUUGAACUUUUUGCCAACACUCAUGGGGGAAAAAACACUGACUUUUUAAAAUUGUAAUGUAUAUGUUUCCAUUGCUGGAAGAUAAUUUGUGCAAUAGGACUAGAGCAAGUUGUCCCUUUCCGAGAACAACAAGGAGAUGUAAAUGUUUAAGGACACCUGCAGUGUGUGCUUAAGGCCAUGAGGAGGCAGCAUUGCACCAGCCAAUCAACAUGAGAGGAGCGGGUCUGUCUAAAAAAAGUACCUAAUUUAUCAGUCAUAGCCUCAACAACGUUCACAGAUGGACUUUGUGUUUGCUAAACACUUGUGUUAUGUCUGUAUUUUUUCAUCACUCUGUAUAUAAAUGGUACAAUGGACGCAUAUGAUGCUUUCAGUCUCAAUCAAGCAUAACAAGAGAUGGGACUUUGUGACUAUAACAAAUGCUUUUAUUGUUGGUAAAAUUUGUUAUUGUUAUUAUACAUAUUUUGUUAAUGGGGUCAAAUAUUUGAACAUUGCAGAUGUACCUGAUGUUUCAAUGUAUAAAUUCCUGUAUGCAUUGUAUUAUAGCUGAGAAAACAAUCGCUUUGGUAAUCAAAUGUGGAAGUGCCAGGGUGAGAGGAUACGUAGGUGAGGUUACUUAAGAAAAAACUGAACACAUUUCUGUUUGUUACUGUCCUCCAUUCAUGUCAAAGGGCAUAUUUUUGAAUCUAGAUAAUGCUCUAAAAGAAACGUGUGAAAAGAACUUUCAAAAUGUCCUGAAAGCUCAUUGUAAAAUUUGCCUUUUUUUCGUAUGACUCCAUGUCUCUCUUUUAUUCAGUAAACACAUUUAUACUCUGUGCUGCACAUGUCACAAAUAAAUGUAUGAUCAACAUUGUUAAGCAUCGGCGACGUUGCAUUAUGUCCAGACAAUCUUAGGCCAAUAAAACAAACAUCAACUGCUGA